GCAUUCCUCAAGAAAAUCAGAAGAAAGCCAGCUUUGGGCACGCGUUGGUGUGAGAUGAGAUCACCAGCACCGGACGGAUUAGAUUACAAAUUCUGGUCCAUUAAAUAACGUCACGAUUAUAUUUAUACCGCCAGUCUUUGAUCUCGUUGGAUCAUGAAACAUUGACCACAUGUUGACAAAUCGGACGGACCAGAGGCUGCUUUUCUGGGACUCUUGAUCUGGCUAAGUGGACUGAGUGAUCGGUUAAAGUGAAUCUCAUAUUUGAAUCAUUUAACAGUGACUUCACCAGAUCAAAGCGUUUCUGCCUUCACCAACGUCUUCAUCAUCUACGUUACAGUGAAGGAUGAAUCACCUGUCUUUGAGUGAGCUAUGUUGCCUUUUCUGCUGUCCGCCGUGCCCGAGCAGAAUAGCUUCCAAGCUGGCCUUCCUUCCGCCGGAGCCCACGUACACCCUGAUGUGCGAUGAAAGCGGCAGCCACUGGACCCUCCAUCUUUCCGAGCGUGCGGAUUGGCAGUACUCUGCCCGGGAGAAGGACGCCAUCGAGUGCUUCAUGACCCGGACAUCUAGAGGGAACCGAAUCGCUUGUAUGUUUGUGCGAUGUUCUCCAAAUGCUCGCUACACCUUGUUGUUUUCCCACGGUAACGCUGUAGACUUGGGUCAGAUGAGUAGCUUCUACAUCGGCCUUGGCUCCCGCAUCAACUGUAACGUGUUCUCCUACGACUACUCGGGUUACGGGGCAAGCUCAGGGAAGCCUUCGGAGAAGAAUUUGUAUGCUGAUGUGGACGCUGCAUGGCACGCACUACGAACAAGGUACGGGAUCAGGCCAGAGAACGUGAUCAUUUAUGGCCAGAGCAUUGGUACGGUCCCUUCGGUGGAUCUGGCCUCUCGAUACGAGAGCGCUGCCGUCAUCCUCCACUCCCCUCUGACCUCAGGCAUGCGGGUGGCUUUUCCUGACACCAAGAAGACUUACUGCUUCGACGCAUUCCCCAACAUUGAUAAAAUCUCUAAAGUCACCUCUCCGGUGCUGGUGAUCCAUGGUACGGAGGACGAGGUGAUUGAUUUCUCCCAUGGACUGGCCCUGUACGAGCGCUGCCAGCGGCCCGUGGAGCCUCUGUGGGUGGAGGGUGCGGGACACAAUGACGUAGAGCUGUAUGGACAGUACCUGGAGCGCUUGAAACAGUUUGUGGCUCACGAACUUGUAAACUUGUAGAUGGACCUCAAGAUCAGGACUCCCCAUACUUGAUGAAGAUGCCCCUGGUGCCCAGCAGGCGACUGUGAACUUGAUAACGGUUUUCUCACCUGUGCUUUUUUUUUAUUUUUUAUUUUUGUUGCACUUCUUCUCAGAUAAUAGGAGAUGUGCCUUUACUGCCUGUCUUAAGGGUGUGUUUGUGUAACUGUACUUCUACCGGUGUGAGCGGAUGUUUCGGUGACCUGACUCUGUGUCUUGAUACUAUGUACUAAAGAAAAAAGCCCAUUCCAGAAUCCAGGUUUUGUUUUGCUAUAUGCAUGUAAUCAUGUACACAAUGGAGUACUGUACACAUGCAACAUUCUGACACAAAUAAUUAAUUGCCAUACAGGUGAUGCCAAAUAAUAUAUUACACUCUGAUACGUUACUUUGUAUGUACAUGUUUCUAAAACAUACCUGCAGUGUGUAUAAUUUAUAAGCAAUUUCAGUAUGUUUUUUUUUUUUUUCGUUCUCCAUGUACUCGCACUUGCCUGUAUUUUGCUCUUAAGUGUAUUCUCUGUUCUAGACCUUUACAACAAUGCUGGACAAAAUGACAGUAAAUAUCUGUUUUAACUCUCAAAUAAACAAAUAAAUAGACUUUUCAAAUAAA